AUGUGGAACACGAUCGUUACCAGAGUAACAACACGGCGGCGAUUACGUGGAAACUACAUUGAAGGAGGGUUGCUGUUGCUAGAUGAUGCAUCAGCUGCCGCUAUUCGCGAAGCUAGACGUUUAUUUCAAAGUUCCGCCACUGACGACGACGACGACGACGACGACGACGACGAUGAGAAAGAGGAGGAAGAGGAGUACGUGGGCAAUGUGCCUUUGGCAACACUGGCAAUGAAAAAGCCAUAUAAAUACAUUGAUGAACCUAAGGAAAACUGGCGACAAUAUUCUAUCAAGCGCUACGAUAAAAAUACACAAUUGACAAACCCACCCAUGUGUGACCACAAGUUUUACAAGACGCAUGAGAAGGAUGGCAUGACUUUGCGAGUGGCAGUCAAGUAUCGCUGGCAUCCAGCAUGUGCUUUUCCAGUAGAAACGAUUCAUUAUCAAAUGCAUGGACUAUUGCUAGAUGUUCUACAAGACGGUCCAGUAGUUUGCUAUGGUGAAUUGGGUUGUAAAGAACAUACCAUUUGUACGAAACCAAAGUCAUCGUUGCUUCAGUAUGUUCGUAAUGAUUUGUUAUCACCCAAUCGAAGCGUCAAAAACGAGGAGGGUCAUCCAUCCGCAUCCAUCAUUGUCUGGCCCUUUGUCACUGGCGUAGUUCAAAAAAGUUUCAACAUACUCAUCCUGAAUCGCGCACCCGUGAUUGAAGACGACGAAACAUUUAUUAGUCAACUAAUUGAAAGUAUGCAAGAAUUGCGAAAGUCGAAGCCAAAGGCGCUUGUGAUUUAUCGAUCGACUACGGUGGGUCAUCCUUAUUGCAAUGACGCGCAAGGGCCACUCGAUGAACCUUUGACGGACAUGGAACGACAAGAGCUGCCGUAUGGUUGGAGAAAACGGAAUAAGAUGACAUCAAUGGCGAUGGUCUGA